AUGUUUAACAGACAACUACUGAACGCUGGUCGCCUAAUAGGUAACCAAACACUAACCCAAAUGCGUCAGACUAUCUAUAGGCCUCAACUGAUGGCAUUUAUGAGUACCGAAAUUCGCAAAGCCAUCGGGGAUGCAGUUUCUUCUGCUCCUGUGGUGUUAUUUAUGAAAGGUACACCUGAAUUCCCACAAUGUGGGUUCUCCAAGGCCACGAUUGGUAUUUUAGGGCAACAAGGUGUGGAUCCAUUAAAAUUUGCAGCUUAUAAUGUGUUAGAGGACCCUGAACUUCGUGAAGCGAUUAAGGAAUUCACCGAGUGGCCUACCAUUCCUCAAUUAUUUGUGAAUAAUGAGUUUGUCGGUGGAUGUGAUGUGAUUAAGAGUAUGGCUAAGAGUGGGGAAUUGACAGAAUUACUUGAGGAAGCACAAGUAUUAGUUCCUGAGGAUUAUGAUGCAGAAGAGAAGUCAUAG